GUUGGAUUUCCGAUUUCAGUGCGCCGUCAGUGGUUUAGUCGUUUGGUUGUGCAGCGAAACCGUCUCCACGACAACGCCGCUCCAAGUAUCAACGAUUGUGUUGCCAAUUUGGAGAGACAAUGAAAACAGAAACAAGUUGAAUUGAACGUUUUCGAGUUCUUUUGUCCGACUUGGAAAACUGACCCGAAGUGCGGCGUUGUGUGACCGAAACCAAAGCUCAAAUUGAGAAAUAAAACACAAAAACAUCAAAGAUUCAUCAUAAUGGCGUCAGGUUUAGAGCGGGUAAACGAAAAUGAGAUGAAGGCCAUGGAUGCCAAUCGGUAUGCCACCAAGAAGACGAUUGCACAGGGGAUGUUGGAUAUCGCACUUCUGACCGCCAAUGCCUCCCAGCUGAAGUACAUCCUCCAAGUGGGCGAGCAGCACCAGUUCUACAAGCUAAUGCUGAUCCUGAUCAGUCUUUCUAUAGUGCUGCAGCUUUUGGUGGGCAUUCUGUUUGUGGUCAUCGGAAGUCUCAACAUAAACAGGGAGCAGGAUCAGACGGCGGCGGUGAUCCUGAACGACAUCAUUUUGGUGGUCGUGUUUAUAAUAUCCGUGGUGAACGUUAUCAUAUCCGGUUUUGGCAUAGAGUACUCGUCACAGCCACUUAGACGCCUCGAAGAGCACGAAAAGACACCCUAGAAACUAGGAAUCCAACGAUUUACACCAAAUUAUACAUUACUAUUACCAUAAGGCUAAUGUACCCCUAGAUUGUAAAAAAAUAAAUAAAUGUAUUGAUGUUAAA